AUGUAUUUAAAAGACGAACAUUAUAUUUGUCAGAGAGCAGCAAAUGCUAUUAUUUCAGAGGUUGGGCCUUAUCGUGUGUCAACAGACGCCUUGCAAGCAAUCAAUCAAUUCCUCGAUGAGUUCAUUGUCUUGUUACUUGCAUGUUCACUAUCUCUCGACUUGUCAAAUAUCAAAUCUGUUGUUUUUAAUUUGUUGCCCUCGACGUUGGGUAAAAAUGCAGUAGUAGAAGCAGAGCUGGAAGUAAAAACCUUCAUAACCGACUCUGAAUCCAUCGACUAUGAUGUGUAUGAACGUAUGCGUAAUAUGAAGGUCGACGCAUUUCCUUUGAAUGAAGCAAUACCAUUACUAAGAGAGAAGUGCUUCGAAUACUGUACUCUAGCAGACAAGGAGGAUCAGUUGUACAUGCAAAGAAGUAUGCAGCAACGGAAAAAUAGAAGUGGCACCCAAAUCGAGCAAACCAUCAUUAUAUCGCCUAUUGUCGCCAUCUACGUUACAACCAUUAUGGAGCAUAUUGGAGAGUACUUAUUGACAGCAGUGGCAAUGUCUGCAGAACACGAAGAUACAGAUUACAUUCGCGUGAAAGAAGUGUUUCUAGCGUUGGUGGAUGAUGUUCAAUUAGGGAACGUUUUUCAUAAAAUGGAGCUACGAAAGAAGUUGGAGAAAAGAGCAACGGUAUCGUAUAAUGCUAGCUUAAGACAGUCGAGCCACUUGUCAGUGUUAACAUUUUGCAGGAACAAUGACAACAAAAAGAACUCAUCUUUGAUACAGCAUCCAAUCUACUAUAAAGAAGAUUCACUUUCAAAUAUCAACUUUGAUGACCUUGUCAUCGAUUACUUUAGCGAAGAAAAACAACGAAAAAGCACUUAUUCAACAAAUUCUGUAAAGUUGACAAAGUCCAAACCAUCAGUAUCCAUUCCACACAGACCGUAUUCAUCCUUAUCGCACAAUUCGGGCUCGAGUAAUGUUAGAAAGUCAACAUUUCAUUUAUUUAAAGACCAGAGAAAUACCCUUCACAAUAAUGUGUUACCACGUGCAUCCAACAUUUCACCCUUAAACCAAUAUAAAAGCACUGAAGAGGAUGAAGAAUAUGCAGAUGGGACACCGCCACUGUUGGACUUUGAUGAGUUAAUUAGAUCAGGUGAGACUGUUAAAGUGUCGCUUACUCCAAAUCGACUUAGAUCUAUAGAAAUAAGGGAUCAAACCAAAGAUGACAUACUUCCUACACCAACAUGGGAACGACGAUCAAAUAUCUCGGCAUCGCCUAGACUAUCAGCAGUAAAUUAUUCUAGACCUUCAUCACCUCUUUCUCAAAAGUUGAAUCAUAGCGAAAAGCUAUCAACAAAUAUAUGCAAUUUGCCAAGCACGUUGUCUUCAUUAUCAUCUUCUUCUUCUUCCUCUACUUUGUCGUCGCCAUCCUCAGAGACAAAUGAUCAUGAUUUAGCAGAACAACGAACAAUACAGUCGAACAUUCAGAUGGAAGUACCAAAACUUGGUACUGCUCGUUAUCAGCAUACCCCGUCGUCUCCUUUAAGUAAGCAGAGUUUUACUAUGAAUAACCAAGUGGAACAUCACAAAAAGACUCCUUUAUUAAACGCCUCAACAAUCCCCGCGAUAUCCAAAGCAACUAUACAUAUUGUACCAGAGACUGAUCUAGACGCAGGAGCCGAUCGAAAUAUUAAGAUAAACACACUAUCAACACAGACUGAACACAACAACUUCGAUAAAAAUAAUAACAACCACAGUGCCACUACUUCACGAGCUACAAAAAAGAAAUUGACACCACUGAGUAGACUGUCAGCAUCUACCACAGCCGAGUACAACAAUCAAAGCAUCCUUUCAUCCUCUACUUUUUCUACGAAUAGCACUAAUAUCUCAUACCUUAAUAAGUCAUACUCCAGUACAUCAUUAAAGUCUUCGCAUAGUUCAAUUGCAGAAGCGCGAAAAGAACCAAUCCAUACUAAUCCAAAUAAUGUUAGUGAAACAGUGCUGCCACAGCAACAGUCAGCCACUACAGAAGUGGAGCGUCUAACUGUUGCCGAUACACCUGCUUCUUCUUCAUCAAUUACUUUUAAAAGGUCAUCUUCAGCAAGAACUACCACAACUGCAAAAAUUACCAUUCAAGAGUCACCAAAAUUCCGCUUAUCAAAGUCCAGUAGCACCAGUAAUAUAUCUACAGCGACAAGUGCAGUGACUAUAAAUGCAUAUGGCUCACUUUUAAGAAGAAGCAGUGCGAGUAACCGAAAGAGCCGAGAGAAUCUCCGGAAAAUGAAGGAAGAAAAGGAACAAAAACCACAACAAGAGCAUACAGAUCAAAGAGCAACUGAGAAGAGCAAGCCCGCAACAAAUUUAACUAAGCUAUCAGAACAUCAACAUGAACAACAACAAAAAGCAAUUCAAACAUCAUUUAAUGUAAGGGAAGAAUUACUUACUGACGUCAGAUCGACGAAAAGAGAUUCCGCUCCUUCUUCAUUAAAGAUUGCUACAGUUGGUAGUCAGAAUGGAGAGGCAAAGGUUGACAACAGAGUGUCAACUGUUAUUAAAUUUACAGAAGAGCCCCAGCAGGUGACUGACGGCAAGCCUAUGAUACAAGCAAAUAACAAAGAAAAAGAUAAAGAACGAAACGAUCCGUCUGCUACCAUUGAGAGAAAUGAUAACGCUGCUUUGCAAACAAAAGCCUCUGCAACAUUCCUGGUUCCAAAAAAAAUGGCUACUCUUUCACCUGAAAGACCUUCAAGCUUAGUUGCUAAACGUGCUUCAAUGGUUGGGAACAGUCGUAGAAGAUCAAUGCAUGAAAAUUUUGCUACUGAAAAAUAUUAUAGCCAGCAACAAAAGCAACAGCAAAAGGAUAUGAAUGAAAUUUUGAGGCAAAGACAAUCCUCAGUCAGCGUGUCCAUUAAACAAUGGGACGAUAUUCUAAAGACAGGAGAGUGGCAGCAGCAACAACAACAGCAACAACGACAGCAGCAGCAGCAAUCUAUUGCCGUAGCAAAUAUGGAACGGCCUGCAACGCAUCAUCGACGAUCUGUGUUAAGACAACUAAGGCAAUUACAAGAACAACAAGGAAGAGAUACAGUAAAUCUAGACAUAGCUUCUUCUUCGAAUGUUGAUAUCAAUAAGAGUGAGCGUAUCAAUAGUAGUGGUGACCUAAACAGUAGCAGUGCUGUUCUGGAUAAAGUAUUGAAAUUUGAGCGAGCAUCUUCUAUGGAGCCUUAUAACAGUGGGACAUCUUAUACGCCCCGACGAGAAAGGUUCCUUUAUCUACAGCAAGAGCCCUCUCUUAUUGAAAGAAAAACGAUCCACAAUUUGGCUAUAAAGAAAAAGGCGAAAAUUGGGAUAGACCAGGCUGUGCAAACAGACAGCAAACUUGUCAAUUUGAUGAAUAAAGAUGAAGAGCAAGGAAAAGAAGGGGAGUUCAAAAGACAUGUUGAGGGAGAGAGCGAUGAAGAAUGGUUUUUGGAAGACUUCAUUUGGGAUGAACAAGAAGAAAGUACUAUAGUUGAAUGGUUACUUGGUGAAUAA